AGCAGCAGCCAGUAGUAUGAGUUUCAGUUUUGAAUUGAACUACUGAAAUUAACUUUUCAAAUAUAGUGUAAUUUAAUUAGACAGUGGUACAGCGGAAAAUAAAGUCCAUAGUGAAACAAAAGCAAAACUACCAUAGGCUAUCAUUCAAAUCCUUUGGCUUUUGCCUACAAAGCCCCCCUCAACUCCGGGACUUAUAGAAUUUUCGGUCCGCCCACCCCCUGGCACCAACUUUACAACACUAGAGGGCAGGUUGAUGUGGAUUAUUACUACUUAGUAUAUGUGCUUUGUUUGGUAUGCAUUGCAUGUAUUGUACAUUGUCGGUGUUCAAUUAUUUUUGUACUGCGAUUUUAAGUAACGUAUACUUGUUUAUCUUUCAAUAGACUUGGAAAGCAAGUGGCGUUUAGUCAAAAUAUUAAUCUAAAAUACGUUUUUAAUGUGCACUGUGGUCUGAAAAUCCACCUUUUGAUAGCACAGUAGCGGAGCUGGCGAGGUCGAUUGAUUAUGCCUUGGGCUGUGGACAGGUGAAUCCAUCCGGCGUCGACACUCGGGCAUCGAUUACACUCCUGUGCAAGUUUGUUUUUUAAAAUGGCGGCGGAAGCAUCCAGACAGGUAGAAGACGUCAGCUAAGGCGACUAAACUUGUUCUGAUAAAACUUGUUUGCCGAGGAAUUGUUUGUGUUGCUGUAGUGCAAAUAGUAAAAUUGUGUUAAAAAAGAUCUUGAACCUGCUUCGUUUACAAUUUGAGGAAGCGGCAGUGCACUUCUUUAGCCGGCGAGUCCGUUUCGAAGUGGCGUUCGAUCCCUUGACGUAAAUGACCUCACCACGGUCAUGUUUGUGCACACCGAGCUGCGUUAAGAAGGUAGUAGAUAGUGGUACCGCAUCAUCAUGGACCGCCCCAGCACACCGACACCGGCUGGCCACCUGUAGCACCGAGCGGGCGCCAUGGCGAACCGGACACACGGCGAGCAGAGCCGAGCAGAGAGCCGCUGUGGUGCGUCUGCAGGAGCCAUUUUGGAGAAUGGGUCUGUCUUGAAAGGCUCCAGCAUCUCCAGUGAGCUUCAUGAUCAUUCCAAGCAGCAGCUCCCUGAACCCAGCAGUGUCCUCCAGAGUGAAUCUAUCCUUAGAUGUGCACCAUGCCCACCCUCAACCUCCAUGUUCCACAUCACCCCCCAGAAGCUCAAUCCCAACCUGACCCAGGAUAGCCACAGUGUAACUUCCCAGGACUCCGGAAUUCCAACACUGGAGCUCAACCCUCCAGAGCUCACUGGGGGAGAUUCUCCUGCUACGCUAACAUUGAACGACGACCCCUCUGACAGCAGCGCCAUGCCCAAGUCCUCCAGCUUCCCACGUAGCAGCUUUGAAUCCACACGCUUCUUCAGCCCGGGCCUCAGACUGUCCACCACCACGGGCCACCGAGCCUUGAACCGCAGCGACAACAUCUCCAUGUGCAGCACAUCCAGCAUGAGCACCGAGUUCUCCGUGUCCAACGAGGACAUUUUGGACUUUACCAUAACCUCCGAUUCCAGCGCCAUUGUCACCCUGGGGACGGACGACGGCAGCAUGCCUCACUUCUCUAAUGUCGUGCUGACUACGUCGCCGGCAUGCUCCAAGGACUAUAGGGUUCUGGGUCUACCGAGCCAAGAUUCGUGGGUCAUGAGGCAGGAAGAGGAUGGCAAGCAGAAGAAACUUGGUUCUCUCGUGAGCUUGUUCAACAGGAGUCUAUUUGCCAGGAAAGUGAAGGACAGUCAUUCAGCGGAGCAGCGGGAUGCUGGAUGGAAGCUCUUUGGGAAGGUGCCGCCACGUGAGGCGCCCAUCAAAGACCCUAAACGGAUACAGAAGGAAUAUGAAACAAAGACUGGCAGAGCUGGACCCGGCAAUGCGAUGUCUCCCAGGCAGAAUGUGAGGAAAAACCUGGACUUUGAGCCACUCUCCACCACCGCUCUCAUACUGGAGGACAGACCUGCUAAUCUUCCAGCCAAGCCAGCCGAGGAGGCAGAGAAACACAGACAACAAUAUGAAGAGAUGGUGGCCCAGGCCAAGAAGAGAGAGUUAAAGGAGGCCCAGAAGAGGAGGAAGCAGCUGGAGGAUCGUUGUAAGCUGGAGGAGAGCAUUGGCUCGGCGGCUCAGACAUGGAACCAGGAGAUCUUGCCCAACUGGAGCGCCAUGUGCACAUCUCGGCGAGUGAGGGACCUCUGGUGGCAGGGCAUCCCCCCCAGUGUCAGAGGCAAAGUUUGGAGCCUGGCUGUGGGCAACGAUCUCAACAUCACACAUGAGCUGUAUAACAUCUGCCUGGCACGGGCAAAAGAGAAAUGGAUGGCACCUGUGAGCGCUCCAGAAGCUGAAAGUGAAGAUGGGGGCUCGUCCAAUCGGGAGUCGAGCUUGGAGCUGAUCAAGCUGGACAUCUCAAGAACAUUCCCCCAACUGUGCAUCUUCCAGCAGGUCAGUGUGGAGGGGGGGCCCUAUCAUGACGUGCUGCACAGCAUUCUUGGAGCGUACACUUGCUACCGGCCCGAUGUCGGCUAUGUACAAGGAAUGUCGUUCAUUGCAGCAGUGCUCAUCCUGAACUUGGACACAGCCGACGCCUUCAUAGCAUUUGCCAACCUGCUCAACAAACCGUGUCAGAUGGCCUUCUUCAGAGUGGACCACAGCCUUAUGUUGACGUACUUUGCUGCAUUCGAAGUGUUCUUUGAAGAAAACCUACCAAAGCUCUUUGCACAUUUCAAGAAGAACAGCCUGACCCCCGAUAUUUAUUUGAUCGACUGCACGAUUCCAUCCCAGAACCCCACUUUUCAAAAUAAAAUCUGGCAAAGUGAUUGGAUCUUCACCCUGUACAGUAAGUCUCUGCCACUGGACCUGGCAUGCCGUGUGUGGGACGUCUUCUGCCGAGACGGCGAGGAGUUCCUGUUCCGCACGGCGCUGGGCCUCCUGCGCCUCUUCCAGGACGUGCUGACCGGCAUGGACUUCAUCCACAUGGCCCAGUUCCUCACCCGCCUGCCCGACCUCAUCCCCGCCGAGCAGCUCUUCCAGCACAUCGCCGCGGUCCACAUGACCAGCCGCAACAGGAAGUGGGCGCUGGUUCUGCAGACCCUACAGAAAGAUCCUGAACGAGGGAGUCCGGUGUUGAAGCGCUGACAUUCAAGAACAUCAUGAAGAACGAGGCUCUCAGCCAGCGGCACCUGAGAGGAGUUUGGCUUUGGGAUCCACAGGUGCUGUCAUGAAAGAUGCUCAGAUCAGAACCAGGACCCAAAAGGGGACCUAUGACUAACAAAGCAGCAGGGGUGCCUUAUUGAACACACUCCCACCCAGAAUGGGACCAGAGGGACCAGACAUCAUAUACACUUUGACUCUUUGGACUCCAUUUCUCCUUCCAGCACUGGACCACUUUUCGUCUUGAUUUUUUUUUAAAGGUGACUCCCUGAAAGCACUUUGAAGGAGUGACGUUGUGGACGUUGUUGAUGUUACAUGUCUCCAGAAAAAGAGGUCAUCAGCUGCCUUUGUUUGAGCUCCAUUUCAUCAUCUUUUAAUUGUGUAUUUAUUUAAAGGGGAAGCAAAUCAUGUUUCUGCAGAAGCUUUUUUGUUGUUGUUGUUUUAAAGUCCAAUCCUUACUGUGUUCUUUAAAAAGCACAGCUUGUGUAGGCUUUUAGUUCCUGUCUGUCCAUUGAAACCCGUGUUGAUCAUGCUAAGCUAACCUUACUAUGUUGCACUAUUCCUGGCGGACUACAAGCCGCCCGCCUCCUUUGCUGUACCCUGGACUUUGUUGUCCAUUUUUCACACAUGCUUGAUUGUGGUGUGAAAUUCUGAUUGGGCGUCCCAUCACUGUUGUGUGUCCUUGUCGUCAAUUAGGUGACAUGUUGUGGUUUAUAAACAGGAAACUUGUUUUUUUUGUUGUUUUUUUUUAGUGAUGUCAGUGAGUUGUUGCAAAGCAAUGCAACGUGCUUUCACCACCACCACCCCCUAAGCGUGGCAACACAACACAGAACUCCAAUAACACAUUUAGCACACACACUCAUCAUCAUGUUGUGUUUUAAAAUUUGAUUUGUGUAUGUGUGUUGUCCAGUGGUAUUUCCACUUUUGUUACAUUCACACUGGCUUAUUUGACCCAAACAAAUAAUAAUCUAAAAUCUGAUUGCACUGUUGCUACAUAGCGUAGAAAUUGAUUCUUUUUUUGGGGUGUUUGUUUGGCUUGCUUUGUUUGGACUUGCUGCUAGUGGGGAGGGGACGUCUCUCCAUGCCACCUUGUGUCAUUCCAAAUGAAAAUGUUCAUUUAACAAAAUAAAAGAUACAAAUAG